AAUGAACGUAUAGAUACAGUCAUCGUGUUCUUACUACUGGCUUCAGGAUUAUUAAGGUUAAAAUAGUUCCUGGAAAAAUCAAAAGAAAAAAUGCCAAAGAAUUCGCGGCGCAACAACGAAUCGACGAAUUCGUUGCCCAUAUUGCGCACCUCCGAAAUUCCUGAAGAGUUUUUGCCUCCUCCCUCUCGAAUUCCAAUAGCGAAAUGGCAGGAAAUAAUGGAAGACGAACACGUCAGUCAUAUCGUCGGCUUUAUUCGCGAGGAAAUCGUCCGGUCGGCUGCGGACGCGAUUUGCGAAGAUUAUUUUCGAAAAGCAGUCUACGGUUUUGUUGUCAAUUGCGCUUACGAGGCUUGGAUGCGCGCGUUUCAGUGGGCGCAUUUGGAGUAUGAUAAUCGGGGAAUGUUGGACGGAUGUCCCACUCCGGACGAGGCAUCGCCGCUAGUCGUUAAGCAUCCUCAAUUACCUCGAGGUGUCCCGACGGUGUACGGACGUCUCGCAAAAUUGACCGCGAGUAAAAAAUCAUCGAGUCAACGCAAAACGAGCUGCGCGAAAAGUACAUUGCACGGAAAGAGCGGACGAUUAAGUACGAAGAUCCGUAAUUAGAGUAAUUACGCGAUUUGAUUAAAGGAAAGCCUACUUUCGAUCUCAAAUGACGUAUGUAUUCUGUACGUAUACGUGCGAAAUAAUUACUUCUUAAAACGAGACGAGAAUUAUUAAAUAUAAAUUCAAAGCAGCGAGAAAAUUGCUUUUUCGUAUAAUUAACACGAAAUUAUCAAUUGUACCAGUUAAUGAGGUAAAAGUAAAAAAUAAUG